AUGAUUAUUACCCGCGGGUUCUCUCUCACAAACUUUGUUAUUGCCAGCUCGGCAUUUUGCUUCCAAGUCUGCGUUCUCUAUCCCUGGCAUCACAGGCUAGACGAGGAGUUCCAACACUUGAAAGCCGAGCAUCUCCGCUUACUGAAGGAGGGCGAGGAUGACCGACUAAAGGAGCUCAGGAGUAUUCGUGAACUUCUCGAGUCGCGGAACACCAAAGCAACAUAA